CACCCAGCAGCGCACCUGCAGCGCAGUGCGGGCCCGGCAAGAUGAGGCUGCGCUCAUCGCUCUUCGGCGUCUGCGGCCUCCUGCUGCAGCUCUUCGGGAUGGCCAUCUUCCUGCGCGGCUUCUUCCCCGCUCCCGCAAACACUUUCGGCGCCGCCAAAGCCCGGGCAUCGGCCGCGCCGGCGGAGCCAGCCGGAGGCCUGGCAUCAAACCGGACAGGGCUACCAUCUCCAUUGUUUGGAAGAGUGGUGAUUAUGCUGGUGGAUGCUUUGAGGGAAGAUUUUGUGUUUGGACCUAAAGGAAAGCAAUUCAUGCCACAUACACAACAAUUGGUUGAGCGAGGUUCAUCACACAGUUUCAUUGCGAAGGCCUGGGCACCAACAGUUACCAUGCCCAGAAUUAAGGCAAUGAUGACUGGUAAAAUACCUGGAUUUAUUGAUAUUAUCAUGAACCUAAAUUCUCCCACUCUGCUGGAAGACAAUCUGAUCUGGCAGGCAAAAGCUGCUGGAAAAAGAACCGUGUUCUACGGUGAUGACACUUGGAUCCGAAUGUUUCCUGAUCAAUUUAUAGAACAUGAUGGAACUACAUCCUUCUUCGUGUCUGAUUACACUGAGGUUGAUGAAAAUGUAACACGACAUUUGGAUAAAGUACUUGAAAGAAACGACUGGGAUCUAUUAAUUUUGCACUACCUUGGAUUAGAUCAUAUUGGCCAUCUGGCCGGACCCAACAGUCAUCUGAUUGGACCAAAACUCUCAGAAAUGGAUAAUAUUAUUCAGAAGGUUCAUACAGGACUUGUAUUCAAGGACGGUGAAGCCCCUCUACCUAAUUUAUUGAUAUUGUGUGGGGAUCAUGGUAUGUCAGAUACAGGUAGCCACGGAGGAUCGUCAAGUCAUGAAGUGAACACUCCGCUAGUUUUUAUUAGCCCUGCCUUCAGAAAGAAAAAGUCAUUUGAAUCUGAAUACGUCGAGCAAACCGAUCUCACGUCCACUUUAGCAUUAGGAUUUGGUUUACCAAUCCCACGGAACAAUUUGGGACAUCUCAUUCCAUCUGUCUUCGAGGAAAGAUCUCUACGAGAACAGCUAAGAUAUUUGCAUCUUAAUGGCUACCAACUUAGUCUACUGAUUCAAGAGAGUAUUCCUGCAUUUGAGAAAGAUGCUGGGUACAAAUUAUUUCAAAUAGCGCAAAAAUCCCAUGGUUCUUGGAUCAAACUUUACUUGGAUGGUAACACUUCAGAGACUCUUGCAAACCUCGGAAAGAAGGUGUUGAGGCAGUAUUUGGAUGCAGUGAAGUUCAUGAGCUCCUCGCUUUCCAAAAUUGUGGCACAGUAUGAUUUGUACUCGAUGAUUGUAGGAACCAUCAUUGUGGUGGAGGUCAUUUUCCUCCUUGUCAUAUGUACCCCAGAGGCAUUGGGCAGCACUGCAGAAUUUGAAGUGCCUGUGUUUUCACCAUUCUACUCACUACUGUUCUACCUGCUGUGUCUGAUGUUUGCAGCUGUUCAUGUUGUUGUGUGCACAUCAACCUCAACAUCUUGCUACUUUUGCAGUCUAUCCUGGCUGCUGGUUGCAACAGUGGUCGUACUGAUAUCUGCCUUGCAGUGUGUGCUCUUUUCAACUCUUUGGAAGUGUUUUGCUAAUGGAAAACCUCAACAGAAGAGUUGUGCGGUAGAUUGUUCCAGCUGGUCAGAGCUGAACCUGGUCCUAUUGCUUGGGAGCAUUGGACACACUGUGAGUCUGGCCUCCAGCAGUUUUAUAGAAGAAGAACAUCAAACAUGGUUCUUUUUAGUCAACACACUUUUACUGGUGUUCUUUCAAGACACCUGCCGGAAAUAUUUUGCUGUCAGUGACCCAAAAGGUAAAGCCACAAAAUGGAAUCCAGAAGAUAUUGAUUGCAAUGAACAGCAGACCGCAAUCCAUGGCUUAUUUGAAACUUCCGAUCUUGACCCAAAAGAUGAUAAAUCAAAAAGUUAUACACGGUCCGAUAGAAAUUUUGAAAAAUUGUUGGUAUUAUCGAGCCCCUGGGUUAUCCUUGUGUUUUGUCGGCUGCUCCGCAGUCUAAAUCAGACAGGGAUCAAAUAUGCUCAGAAGCCCGACAUCGGCCACUGGCUGACAAGCUCCAAUCACAGAAUAGAACUCUCCACAUUGACAGCAAUUUCCCUGCUUUUGAUCUUUGUCUUGGUUCAGAAGAAGUGUUCCUUUGUUUCCAAAGCAGCUCUUGCAUUGGGGCUGGUGGGAAUUUACUGCUAUCGUGCAGCAGUUGGGAAUGUGGUUUUUCCAUGGAAGCCGGAUAAACAGUAUGUGUCCAAGGGUAUUAUCGAAGCGCGUUUUGUUUACGUAUUUAUACUUGGCAUACUUUUCACGGGAGUUAAAGACCUUCUGAAAUCUGGAGUUGUUUCAUCUGACACAGUGACAAACAGUCGGGGACUCUGGGAAAUAUACAAUGGACUCGUGCUCUUGGCUGCAUUACUACUGCGCCCUCACAACCUGCCAGUGUUAUUGUUUAUCCUUUUGGUUCAAAUGAUUUUGACCAGAUUUAUUUGGCGGACAUUGGAUUAUGAUGCAGCACAAAUUACCAUCAUAUAUUACUGGUUUGGCCAGGCCUCCUUUUAUUUUCAGGGAAAUUCAAACAGCAUCGCAACUGUGGAUAUUUCAGCUGGUUUUGUGGGUUUUGAGGACUAUGUGAAGCUACCGGCAAUCUUCCUAACGAUAUUUGGUACUUAUAUUGGCCCUCUGCUGUGGGCAGUGCACCUCACCUGUUAUAUGAGCUCAGAAAGAAGCAGGUAUUCUUCUGCUUCAGUGGGACACAGCUGUUACUGUUUUAUUCUGUUGCGGGCAAUUCCAGCAGCAGUUUACAUUAUUCUAAUUACCUCUCUACGCUAUCAUCUAUUUAUAUGGAGUGUUUUCUCACCUAAAUUACUCUAUGAAGGAAUGCACACGCUAGUGACAGCAGCAGCUUGUGUCAUGUUCACAGCAAUGGAUCAGAAAAGAAUGUUUAAAACUUUAUCUUAAAAACUGUAUUGCACUGAAUUUGCUUGUGGUGUUUUUCAAAAAAAUCUGUAAUGUAACAAAUUGUUGUAAAGGAAAAAAUUUGAAUUGAUGGUGAUGCAAAUGAAACCUACACUUUUCUACUGUUUUUAUAAUU